AUGUCAAUAUACUGGUCGGACUAUGUAGAAUCAAACUGCCGUCAAAACUAUAGUUAUAUUGCUUCAUCGGCGUUUUUGAAGAACGCAUAUCAUUUCACAGCUCUAUUCACAAUCCCUUUAGCAAUAUUCACAUUUUAUGUUAUAGUCCGAGUGACACCAAGAAAAAUGAAAAAUAUGAAAAUUCCACUGUUGAUUGCUCAUGCGUGGACUACAAACCUGGAUUUGAUGAUAACUGUAAAUGUAACCCCAGUGAUAUUCUUUCCAAGUGCUGCUGGAUUGCCAAGUGCUUUUUUUCUGAUGUUGACGUUUUAUAUGGAGGAGUCGGACCAAUUGGAAUUGAGGCAAAUUGUUCUGAAAAGAAUCCCUUGCCCAACAAUUGACUUCUAUGACAAGAACGCCAUUGUUCUUCUAAAAGGUGGAGAACUUCUUCCAUUUCUUUCAAUUUCUGGUGGCCUAUCUAUUAUUGUAAUUCAAUCUCUAUUUUUUGCAUUACAUACAAUUUACCAUUUGAAUGUUGUCAAAAAUGCGCAUAUAUCAGAGGCAACAAAAGCUUUGCAAAGGAAGUUUCUCAGUUAUGUUGCGAUGCAGGUGAUGAUACCGUGGACCGCUUUAGUAUGUCCUAUUCUAUAUUCUUUGUAUGCUGAUACUAACAACUACUACAACCAAGCUCUCAAUAAUAUCUCAAUGCUCCUAAUGGCUUGUCAUGGACUUAUGAGUACUCUUUGCACCCUAUUCAUCAUGAAACCGUAUCGAGAUUUCGUCAAAAGUGUAAUCAUGGGAUCGGAAGAACCAGAUACGAACCGUUUAUGGGCAACAUCUGUUGUCAGAUCACAAGCGUCCAUGUUGGGCAGUGUUGCUUGA